AUGGAUAUGGGCAAACGACCGCAUCAAGCGUAUGCUGAGGACGACGUCCAGGGUGACGAGAACCAAAUCCAGAUCCAAAUCCAGAUCGCGUCGUUUUCCCUCCACCACUUCAGCCUUCGCAACCAGCACCGGUACCUCAAGCCCAGCCCGGUACUCAACCCAGCGUUACUGCGAUACAGCCCGAGAAAACUCAAUCCCACGUUGGACCGAGACCACAAGCCCCAGCGCCGCCACUUUGCACGCUACCCCCUGGGACAACAGUGCCCAUCGACACUGGUAACUUGA